GCCCUCUCCCGCCCGGCCGCUGUUCCGGUUUGACGCGCGCAUGCGCACUGCCUCCUGCGGGCCUCGAGGGUCAGUCGCCCGUUGAGUCGCGCAGGUAAAUAAAUGGCAGCUGUUCACAGGAGUCAGCAGCUGUAGCCCUGUUUGGAUGGAAGUUUUCAAGUAUUACCAAUGUCGGACACCUUGUCCUUGCCGUCAUUUACAGCAUACCCAGUGGAUAAACCCUUCCUCAAUGCUGACUUGAGACGGAACCCAGAUAAACCCGUUGUUGCAUAUCCUGAAAGUAAUAGUAGAGCGGUUCUUUCGGCGUUACGAAAUCUACAAGAGAAGAUUCGGAGGUUGGAGCUCGAACGAAUGCAGGCAGAGGAAAACUUGAAACGAAUCUCUAAGGAAACAGCAGAAUACAAAAAAAUCUUAGAUAAGAGCCAACAAGGAUGCAAUAGUGCACAGCCAGAAGUUGCACAACAUAAUCAAGCCUUGGCCUCUCAGUUGUCAGCAGCUGAGUCUCGUUGUAACAUUCUGGAAAAACAACUAGAAUACAUGAGAAAAAUGGUCCACACAGCUGAAAUGGAACGAGGAGCAAUGUUGCAGAGACAGGCAUCUUUAGAAAAGAAGAGCUCUAUAGACCAUUCAGAUCUACAAUCAAAGCUUGAAAAACUUGACUUAAUUGAGAGAGAGUAUCUUAAACUCACAGCAACACAGACGGCAGCAGAGAAAAAAAUUUGUGAAUUAGAACAAAGGUUACAAGAGGAGGAACAUCAACGAAAACUAAUACAGGAUAAAGCCGCACAGUUGCAGACUGGCCUGGAAAGAAAUAGAAUUUUGUUACAAGCAGUGUCACCAAAACAACCACCAUCACAACCAAGGGCAAAGAAAGUAAAGAACAAAAAGCAGCAUCUGAAGAAGUCUUGUACUACCCAUUCUCAUGCACAACCCCAUUAUCGCUUUAAUCUGGGUGAUAUUCCAUUUGUUGCAGGAAAAUCAGCUAGUCCAAGUCAUUCAGUCCGUGCCAAUGUUCAGCAUGUAUUGCAUCUGUUGAAGCAACAUAACAAAAUCUUGUGCAAUGACCGGGUGGUCAGCGAGCAGCCAAUGGUCAAAAAAAGAGUCUCCAGAACUGCCAAUUCAAUGAGUGAAAGUUCUACUGGAUCUAUUAUAUCUAAUUCCCAUGAGUUACUGUCUGAACUGUUGUUAACAUUACAAGAUGAAUUUGGACAAAUGAGUUUUGAGCACCAUGAUCUGGUUAAACAAAUCCAUGAAGCAAAAACAAAUGCAAUGAGAGAGGACUUGGAGCGAGAGUUAGAAGCGUUGGUGAAAAGAAUGGAAGCAAAAGGAGAUCAGAUUGCUAAAGUUCGCAAACAUCAAGCAUCACUUAAAUUCCAGGAAAAAGUAAGGAAAAGACAUUCUGCUGGAGGAGCGACAAAUCAGAAAAAAACCCAUGCAAGUGAAGUGCAAGUUACAACAACUGUAACAACUAAAGGGAAGGAUGCUGUUAAAGUACGACAAGGAAAUAAAAACAAAGGAAGCCUUUGCUUGUUAAGGGAUAUGCAGACUAUACAAACCACCCUCCGAAAAGAUGAUGUGAAUUGGGGUUAUUGAAGUCGUGUAGUUUUAUCAAAGUGGUGUGAAUUUAAUAAUUCUGUACCAUGCUUGUUUACAGCAGAAGAAUGUGCAUUUUAUAACUGGUUCUUCAACACUUUCUGACAUCAACCAUUUUUGGUUAUACUAAUUUAAAAUUCCUUAAUCUACUCUUCAGAAAAAACAUAUUGAAAGUUAUUAUAUGACUUUGAAGGUGAAAUGCCAAGAUCCAUACAAUAUAUUUAUAAGAACAACUUGUGGGCCACUGCAUUGCUGCAAGGAUAUCUUUCAAUUUUCAGUAUUACAUCUGUGUGUGUUGUUCCAAGUUGCAGGUGUCCCUCAGCUGGGAAGAUGAAACAAUGAAUCCGAGAUUAAUCUUGGUAGUCUAUAUGUUGGAAGUACAUCUCUUAUAAAUACUGCCUGUCAUGGCUAUGCAUAUUCUGAUGUCUUGGUCAAUUUCAUGACAAUAUGGACAGAAGUUCAGCAAUGCUUUUAAAUUUUAAGCUGCAACUGAACCUGAAGAUUUUAUUUUAAAUGACCUCCAGAUUGCUAUAUUUACUCAGGGAAGUCUAUCCAAAUAAUGUUUUCAAAAGAUAAGCUCAAUUAAAGUGACGAUUGUUUUUUUUUUACUAAACUCAAUUGCAGAUGGUUUUCUGUAUAAAAUAUGUAGAAUUGUUGAUCUGGUUUAAAAAAUUUUAAUGGACCAUGUCAAUAUUUUAUAUUUCUGAUGCUGCUGUUCAGCAGCAAGUUAACCCCUCAACAAAUACUUAAAUAAUAAAUCUACUUUAUCAUUUUGUAUGUUUUCUCGGGUGACUGUCAAAUUAUACAACCUGUUGCUUCUAGCACUUUAUUAAUUUAUAGAUAUUUUCAUUAAUUAAACCACCCAAAACGGAUGUUUCCAGGAAAUGCAUAUGUAAUGUUUUGUGUGCUUUAAUUAGAGUUGGAACAAGUUUCAACUAUUUUAAACUCUGUUAAGACAAAGGAAUUUGGCUUGUAUUGGACCUGUUUUACUUACAAGAUCCCUUAUUUCUACUCGAGGGCUUUGUACAUACAAAGCCUUAUCGGGUAAAUUCAUUUUAUUAGUACCAAAUGCAUCUGUAAUUUUCCUUUUAUUACAGACAUCGGGUACAUAAAUGAAUUGAAAAAUAAAUAUGGGUUCUGGAUUUAUUUCGCUGCAUUUUUUGAGAAAACCCUUUGCACUCUGCAGACAUGUAGUAAAUUUUACAAAUAAUUAUUUAAUUUUUGUUUUGAUCUCAGUAUAAGAUUUUUCUGAAGCAUAGUAUCAAGUAAAUGUUACCUCGCAUGUUUUAUACAAAAUCAAUGACUAUGAAAGUUGUCAUCACCGUGAUCUUAAUAGUCACUUGGCUGGUAUGGAAUGUAAUAUUUGCCUAAUAGCAUUAAGUUAGUCAAGUGGCUGGAUUCACAAGAUAUUUUUUUGAACAAACAAGGUUACUUGGUUGCCAACGCAGCGUGCAAUGUUCCAUAGUUAACAGUACAUACGUUUCCUUUUAAGUUGUGAUGAGGUUGCAUUUAUCCCAAUACUUUUGAGACCACAUUUGAUCACCUACUUGCAUUGAAGCUAUUUGCUUAGCUCAAGCUUGAAUCUGCAUUUUUUUCACACAAAUGUGUAAAUUAUUUUACUUAGCAUUGUGAUAUUAUUAUGUGAAAUAAACAUUUUUUGAAUGGGGA